AUGCCUCAUGGUCAGAAGCGUAAGCCCGGGGCUCGAAAUAAAAAUCAGAAUGCCCAUGGGAAGAUUCAGAAUACCAUAGAUGCAGCAGCCAAAGCUGCUGAGGGUGACCAGCCAUCAACCACCCCAGUCGUAUCCAAGAGCAUUUGCUCCACAUGCUCAGGUGAUGUGUGCCAGUGUCAUGAUAAAGCAAACGGGGAUGGCUUUUCUGACAAGGGUGCUUCAAAUUCACAAGCACUUGUCCAUAGCCCAAAGAAGAAAGAAGAGAGUCCAAGUACCACCCAGGCAGAACUGUCUGAGAGUCCUCCCAAGGAGUCUCUUACCAGAAAGAUGAGUAUGGUGGUACAGUAUGUGCUGGAGAUGUUUGCGAAGAAGGAGCCCAUUACUCAGACUGCAAUGCUAAAGAUAGUCACCAAGAAAUACAAGGACAUGUUCCCUGAAAUCCUAAGAAGAGCCUCUGAACGCAUCGAGCUGGUAUUUGGCCUGGAAUUAAAAGAAACGAAGCCUGAGGAUCAGUACUACACUCUUGACCGUAAGCUAGGCUUCCACAAGGAAUUAAGUGGUUUCAGAUUCCUGGAUGAAGGCUUUCCAAAAAUGGGGCUUCUAAUGACUAUCUUAGGCGUGAUCUUCAUGAAGGGAAAUCGAGCAACUGAGGAAGAGAUAUGGGACUUUCUUGGUGUGUUGCAGAUCUAUGCUGGAAGGAGGCACGUAAUCUUUGGGGAGCCCAGAAAGCUUAUCAUUGAGGAUUUUGUGCAAAAAAAGUACCUGGAGUACCAUCUUGUUCCACAUAGUGAUCCCAUAGUCUAUGAGUUCUCUUGGGGACCGAAAGCUCAUGCUGAAACCACCAAGAUGAAAGUGUUGGAGAUUCUAGCCAAGAUAAAUGAGACAACACCUUCUUCCUUCCCUGAUUUGUAUGAAGAGGCAUUAAAGGAUGAGGAUGAACGGGCAAGAGCCAAAGCUAUGGGCAGGGCUGCCUCUUUGGCCAAGGCUGCUGCUCGGGCCAAGGCGGCCUCUAUGGCCAAGGCUGGUGGGAAGUACAGGAUGAAAUCCAAAACCUCAUUUAAAAAUUAG